GGAAGCUAAAGUUAGCCUCACGUCGCGGACAGCCGAGCGCUAGCUUGCGUGUGUGAAAAUGUGCCAACUGAGCAUUCUGAGAACGUUGGUGACGCAGCGAUUAAAUGUGGCUGUCGAGGAGAUAUUUGAACUAGUUGAAAGGACGAUAGCGGACUACGAGGAGGAACUUUGUCAAGCAAAAGAAGAGAACGAGCGACAACGCGAACUACUGAACGCCGUUUGCGAGUCUCGAGUUGUUUCACGAUCAGAAGACAAGCGGCUGGUGGCGGUGAAGCGUGAAGAAGAAGAAGAGGAGGACGAGGUUCCCACGGAGAGGCAGGAGGAGCCAGCAGAGCCCCCCGACAUUAAGGAGGAAAAGGAGGACGUGUGGCGCGGUCAGGAUGGAGGUCGACUUCAAGAACUGGAGGCGAAUGAUGUCACCUCGUUCGCACUGACAUGUGUCCACGUAAAGAGUGAAGAGGAUGAAGGUCCGUCUUCGCAGCUUCAUCGCAGUCAAAGUGAGGAGACGUUGGGUCAACACGUCACUACGCACGAACAGCGUGGAGGCCUGCGCUCGCCACCGGGCAGCAUCGCUCGAAUAUCGGAUAUGGACGACGUGACGUCACACUCUUCUGACACGGAUCGCGGCGACCGCACCAAAGAGCCUUCGAAGACUAAUACGAACGCUGAAGGUGAUCUGAGGCGUCGCGCCGACAGCAAGCACUCGCACUGCUCCGAAUGUGGGAAAACGUUUGUCCACAAAGGAGCUUUUACCAGACACAUGCGAACGCACAGCGGCGAGAAACCUUUCAAGUGUGCCGUUUGCGCCAAAGGCUUCUCUUUGAAGGCCAACAUGAAAAGACACAUGGCGAUACAUCACGAGCUGAGCGGCGGCUCCGCCCGACACGGGACAAGCGUUCAGUUCGGCUGCUCCGUAUGCGGGAAAACGUUUGGCCAGAAGGAGCAUCUGAUCGCGCACAUGAAAGCGCACAGCGCCGAGAAACCUUUCAACUGUGCCGUUUGCGCCAAAGGCUUCUCCUGGAAGGCCAACAUGAAAAAACACGUGGCGAGACAUCACGAGCUGAGCGGCGGCUCGACGCAGCACGCGACAAGCGUUCGGUUCGGCUGCCCCGAAUGCGGGAAAACGUUUGGCCAGAAGAGCAAUCUGAUCACGCACAUGAAAACGCACACCGGCGAGAAACCUUUCGCUUGUUCGUAUUGCGACAGAAGAUUCCACACGAAGCUUCACGUGAAGAGACACACGGCCAUUCACACCGGCGAGAAACCGUUCUCCUGUUCGUUCUGCGGGAAAAGUUUCCGAGAGAAGUACGACAUGAUGAAUCACACCAGACUGCACACCGGCGAGAAACCUUUCCCCUGCUCCGUUUGCGCUAAAGGUUUCUCUCGCAGGUCGUAUCUCAGAAUACACAUGAGAAGUCAUGCUGGGGAGAACGUUUUAACCUGCAGCAGCUCCAGUCGACACGUGACAACAGAAGCUGAUGGGGGACACUGCGGAGAUCGCCGCUCACAAGACGAUAACUUUGUUCCUCUGUCAGAUAUGGACAACAUGAUGUCACACUCGUCGGACACUGAUCACGCCCGCAGCCACAGACAUCUUAUACCAUAACGCCUUGGCCCGUUGCUGUGAUACAGCAGCUAAUCCGCCAUAUUGGAUGGGGCAGAUCUGCUUGUAAACAAAUGCAAGUUAACGGACAUGAGCUUUCAAAAAGCGACAAUCUACUCACAGCCGACAUACACGCUUAAAUGGGUCAUUUUUAUAUGAUUUGAUCAUUACUGGUAUUUUAUAAAUAUAUAAUAAUAAUAAAACUAAAUGAGCACUGCACUUUUUGUGCUAUAUCUGAAAUGGCCAAAGAUGGCGCAAAAGCCCUGUCGAAAUAGGAAUCGGUGUCAAGGAAGUACUGUAUGCUGAAGCGAUACACCUUGACUGAGUGACUAGCUCUUUAUGUCGGGGAAGAGCUAAGUUUAGCCUGGGUUGUUAGUGAAAGUUACAGUCGACAUGAAAAGUCUACACACCCCUGUUGUACAUGUUGUAAGAUGUGACGACUAGCACUCAAACUGUCGAUUUUUUGAUGUCCACCAUAAAUGUGCACUUCAUUUGCAUUUUCUUUUUUUAAACAAAUAAUCUGUAAGCCAUUUCUUUUUCAGUGUAAUGUUGUAUGAUGAGGUUGAAUAUAUAUUAAAGUGUUUUGGAUAAUUGUUUUUACGGUUUAAACUAUUA